AUGGCAACCAAUAAUUCACCACCCAAUAAGAACAUUUCAUCAUUUAUCCAUAUUAUUUACACUCUAGUCCUCGGUCUUCUCCUAUUCGCGUGCGAGUCCCGGCCGCCGUUUGCGUGCGACCCGGCCAACGGCCGCACGAGUAGCUUGCCGUUUUGCCGAGUGUCGCUGCACAUAAGGGAUCGGGUCAGCGAUUUAAUCGGGAGACUGAAUCUCCAAGAGAAAAUAAGGCUGCUCGUGAAUAAUGCGGCCCCGGUCGAGCGAUUGGGGAUUAACGGGUACGAGUGGUGGUCGGAGGCCCUUCAUGGGGUCUCCAAUACGGGGCCCGGCGUGACCUUUGGCGGUGAUUUUCCCGGCGCCACCAGUUUUCCGCAAGUCAUCACCACCGCCGCUUCUUAUAACGCUACCUUGUGGGAGGCCAUAGGCCAGGUUGUGUCAGAUGAAGCAAGAGCAAUGUACAACGGUGGGAGGGCCGGAUUGACCUAUUGGAGCCCGAACGUGAAUAUUUUUCGGGACCCACGGUGGGGCCGAGGCCAAGAGACGCCCGGUGAGGACCCUACUGUAGCUGCCCGAUAUGCGGCCAGCUACGUGAGGGGGCUGCAGGGCAAUGUCGGCCCUGGGAACAGAUUAAAAGUCGCAGCUUGUUGCAAACACUAUACUGCAUAUGAUCUCGAUUUUUGGAAUGGCAUGGACCGCUUCCAUUUUAAUGCAAAGGUAGGCAAACAGGAUUUGGAGGAAACAUACAAUGUCCCUUUCAAGGCUUGUGUGUCUGAAGGCAAAGUUGCAAGUGUAAUGUGUUCUUACAAUCAGGUCAACGGCAAGCCCACUUGUGCUGACCCCAGCCUUCUUCGAGACACUAUUCGCGGCCAGUGGCGCCUUAAUGGGUACAUUGUGUCCGACUGUGACUCGCUUGACGUUUUUUUUAAAGAUCAACACUAUACGGCCACGCCUGAAGAUGCAGCAGCAGCCUCUAUUAAAGCAGGUUUGGAUUUGGACUGUGGGCCAUUUCUUGCGAUCCACACCGAGGGAGCCAUCCGAAGUGGAAAACUGAGUGUGGCGGAUGUGGAUCGGGCCUUGGCCAAUUUACUCAGAGUCCAGAUGCGCUUGGGUAUGUUUGAUGGCCCAAGACAGCCCUAUCUUAAUUUGGGCCCGAGGGAUGUUUGCACACCAGCCCAUCAACAGCUGGCACUUGAAGCGGCCCGGCAAGGCAUUGUUUUAUUGCAAAAUCGUAAUCAGGCUUUACCCUUUGCCACUAGACGCUAUCGUACCGUUGCAGUUAUUGGGCCCAACUCAGAUGCAACAGACACAAUGAUAGGCAACUAUGCGGGGACUCCAUGUAGAUACACUACUCCCUUACAAGGUAUAUCUAGAUACGCUAAGACGAUCCAUGAAGAAGGAUGUGCCACGGUAACUUGCACCGACAACCGGCAAUUUGGGCGGGCCGAAGCGGCUUCUCGGCAGGCUGAUGCUACAGUUUUAGUGAUGGGCCUAAGCCAGGUCAUCGAACGUGAAGGCCUGGAUAGGGUUGGGCUACUUUUGCCGGGCCACCAGCAGGAGCUUGUUUCAAGAGUAGCCAGGGCCUCCCGUGGGCCAGUCGUGUUGGUCCUCAUGUCUGGCGGCCCAAUUGAUGUUACAUUUGCCAAAAAUGAUCCAAAGAUUGCAGCUAUAUUGUGGGCUGGGUAUCCGGGCCAAGCUGGAGGAGCUGCAGUUGCUGAUGUUCUAUUUGGAACAACCAACCCAGGGGGAAAGUUGCCAAUGACAUGGUAUCCUCAAGAUUAUUUAGCCAAGGUGCCCAUGACCGAUAUGGGCUUGCGAGCCGACCCAUCGAGAGGCUAUCCGGGUCGGACAUAUAGAUUUUACAAAGGCCAAGUCGUAUUCCCAUUUGGGUACGGGCUAAGUUAUACUAGCUUCAAGCACACUAUAGCCGACGGCCCAACAAAACUUUCGAUCCCUCUUACCAAUUCUAAAGCUUAUCAAAACACUACUCUAUCGAAUAAGGCUAUUAGAGUUUCACACACGAACUGCGAAACCUCGACUUUAGAGGUGCACAUUGAUGUCGAAAAUAUCGGAGAAAGGGAUGGGACCCACGCAGUUAUGGUUUUCGCUUCAACCCCAUCUAUCGGAAAAUAUGGGCCCGAGAAAAAAUUGGUCGCGUUCGAGAAGGUCCAUGUAGUGUCCGGGUCAAAAGAACGCGUGAGAGUAGGUAUUAGUCCGUGUAACCAUUUGAGCAUAGUCGACGAAUUUGGAAUUCGAAGGAUUCCAAUGGGUGACCAUAAUCUUCAUUUUGGUGAAGACCUUAUGCAUACCAUUACACUCCAUACAAAUGUGGAUGAGAUCAAGUCUUAA